CCUCCCUGCAGGGACUGAGCAUGCUCAGUAGAAGGGAGGCUUUGGGUCGGGACUAACACUCUUCCCCUCCUUGUUCCCUGGAAACUUGGGAGUUCUUUCCCUUGUGCUUCAUGGGGAGCCAUGCGGGCCAGGCCUCUCCCGGGGGGCCGCGGCUCCCCGGGGCCGGCCCGGCAUGAGGCCCCCCCGCCCCCCGGGGCUCUGGCCGCCUCCCGGGCCGGGGACGUGGGCUGCCAACUUGGUGGCUCUAGUUUUGGUCUGGCAGCUGCCGGCGCGGGCCUCGCGGGCUCCCUCCUACCCGGCAGGCGCGGGGGCCCCUCUGCCGAGCUCCCCUUUGCCCCAGCCGUCCUGCCUGGGUUCCUGCAGCCCGCCCUGGCACCCUGCGGACGGAGGGCCCCCCCUGGCAAAGCGCCCGGCUCUUGGCCCCUCCGGAGAUCAGGACUGUUCCUAUAAGAGGUUGCUUCAUCUAGAGAACUACCAUCACAAUAUCACAGCUGAAGGGCCCCUUGGAACAGGAAAGGACAAAAGAACUGAGGAUUCUGACGUGCUCCUGACUUCAGCAGCCUCCGAUGAACCUUGGAGUCAUUCAGUAUUUUCUCUGAUAAGCUCAUGGACCAAGAAAACUUUAUUCAAAAGAGAUUCUUCUAUCACACACAACCUGCAUGAAGAUGUUUCCAGAAUUUCUGUGUCUUCCGAGUAUGGGAUAAUUUUCCAAAAAUGUGCAAUGGUGUCUGGGCAGAGCGAGCCCGAGACGGCCUCCGUGAGGCUGCUCAUCAAUAACUCCAGGACUCUGUCCGCAGUCAACCUCUCGGACCUUGUCUUGCUGGACAACAUUACAGGCCUCACUGUGCUGGACUCCUCUGGAAAUAAGACUUCAGAAGGGCUCCAGGUGUUCAGAAAGAAGUUUCUUCAAGCUGGUGAUGUCUACACAGUCAGUUACCGCGCUCGGCUGACAGCCAAAGAAGCUGGAGAUGGCAAGAUUCUGAGUCUCCCUGCCCAGCUGACCUUUCAGAGCCCAUCACUGAACAAAACCCAGCUGAAGGCGCUUUUGACUGUAAGAGGACAAGAAAAGGCAAAGGUUUCCCCAAACCAUGGUGCUCAUGCAGCAGGAUUUUUCAUUGCUUUUUUAGUGUCUCUGGCACUUACCUGCAUCAUAUUUUUAUUUAUGUCUCAAUCUCGGUGUUUCAGAUGGAUCCUCUGUAAUAAAAAUCGGGUCGAGCAGAGCCCCCAUCAAGAAAGCAAGCUGGAGUACUCGCAGUUCACAUUUGUGGAUGGUGUGAGUGAAGAAUUCGCCAUCAGUGACCAAAUCAUCGACAUACUAUCAGCCGAGGAGCCAGGAAGCAUGGUUCAAGCCUUAGAAGACAUGGAGAUAGCCACCCUGACCCGGGCAGACGCGGACCUGCAGGCCUGUCGGAUGCAGAUCAGCAAAGACAUAAUCGGCAUGCUGUUGAAAAACCUGACUCUCAGUGGCAACCUCUCCCCCCACAUGGAGAAAAGGAUGAGCUCUGUUUUCAAGAAACAGUUUCUCAUGAUGGAGACUGAAGUCCAAGAGGAGUAUGAUCGGAAGAUGGUUGCUCUGACAGCAGAGUGCACCUUGGAGAUGAGGAAGAAAACGGAGGCUCAGUGUCAGAGGGAGAUGGCAGCCAUGGAGGAGGCCGAGGAGCUGCUGAAGCACGUCAGCGAGAGAUCUGCUUUAGAAUAUAGAAAUUUGCUGCACAAUCUACAUCGACGCGAGCAGGACCACUUGAGGAAGUCUCUCUUGCUCAAAAGGGAGGAAGAUUUUGCAAAAGCAUACAGAGAAUUGGCAAUUUUCCAAAGAAAUGAACUACACAACAUCUUUUUUACCCAGAUAAAAAGUGCCGUAUUGAAGGGAGACCUCAAGUUGGAAACUGCUAAAAUGCUGCUUCAAGAUUAUUCUAAAAUACAGGAGAAUAUUGAAGAGUUAAUGGAUUUUUUACAAGCCAAUAAGAAAUACCACCUGAGUAAGCGAUUUGGCUACACACAAUACCUGAUACAAAGCAUACAGUCAUUGGGAACCCGGGACCAAAGUCUUCUGAACACAGCCACAGCUCAGAUAAUGAGCCUUAUUCACAAAAAUGAGAGAGCCGGGUAUUUGGAUGAAGAUCAGAUGGAAACACUGUUGGCUCGAGCUCAGGCAGAAGUUCUUUCUGUUCAACAGAAACUGGAAAAUGAUUUGAAGCAAGAAAAGAAAAAACUUUGCCAAAAGCUGAUGAUUAAGAGAAGACGUGAAAUGAUACAAAAGCAAAAAGAACUGCAGAAGGAACAGCUUUCCAUGAGGGAUGCCAUUAAAACCUCUGGAGAGGUUAGCCAUUACUUGAUCCACUGGAGAACCAUGAUAUCUGAGCACAAUGCCGCGCUGGAAGAGCUAGUUGAAAGACUUGACCAUGAUGCUCUGGAAGAACUGAAGACCUUAAAGCAGGGGCUUACUAAGAAAGCAACUGAUGAGUUGAGACGCAUCCAGAAUGGUGUGAUGACACAAGAGUUACUGAAACUCAAUGUGCCCUGGCUCUUCUUACAGCAAAUUUUAGAAGAACAUAGCAAAGAGAUGGCCAUCCACACUGAGCAGGUUGAAGGGGAAGAAAGGGGCAAGAGUCAAGACUGUCUCCAAAACAUGAAGCAAAAUCUAACUGAUGAACUGGAGAGAAAUGUGGCAGAACAAAAGGAAUUAAGGCAUUGGGAACAGCUGGUUUUCACGAAACUUCUAUGUUUUCCUCUUUCCUUAUCUGAAGAAGAAUUACUUAAAAUGAGACAGGAGUUUCACAGAUGCUUUGCUCAGAUGGACAACAGCUUAGCCUUGCCACGGAUCCGGGCCCGUGUUUUGCUGCAGAAUUUUCAGACAGAUUGGAGAGAAGCUGAGUUUCUGAAAGUGGACCAAGCCUUCACAGCCCCAGAUAUUCAGCAACAAUUAAAAGUCAAAAAGCAACGUGCCAAGACCAAGAAGAAGAUAGACAUUUUAAAGAAAUGCGUGGAAGACAAAAUUCAUAUCUUUGCAGAACAGGCCAGUGAAGACCUCCUUGAGAAGGUCCACAGGGAGUUACUCUUGGAAAGAGUUCAGCAGCUGAAGACCCAGGAGGACAAACUCGGGGAGUAUGUGACCUCUGUGCAGCUUCAGAAGGUAACAAAGAAAUGGAAAACUCAAGAAAUUUACCACACUCUCAGCACUGUCCAGGGUUUGCUGUUGGAAGAGCUGAGCACAUCAGAAACCAUGACAGAGUCUGCCUGUACUCAGAUCCUGGAGUCACACAGCCCUGAGAUUGAAGAGCUUAAUAGGAAGCUAGAGUACGAGUUGGUACACAGAGAGACGGCCCUUCAGCAGCGAGCCAUCAUGGAGAGACAGCAGUGGAUUUCGGAAGCAGUUGACCUUUUGACUCGAACCGGAGAAAUAAAUCCCGAAAGACAGAUUUCGGCUGUGCUUUGGCAGGCCCUCACCAAGUCUCAGAAAGUACUAGAGCUUCAUAAUCAAAGUUUAAGGGAUGAGCAGCAAAAUAGCAUUGUGCUUGAAGACUUGCUGGAGAAUAUCGAGAUGGACACAUUUUUGACCCUUUAUAACCAGGAGCUGCGCCUGGCAUCUCACUUAAGCAAGCUGACCAUGGCGCCGGCGGGGACACUGCCCAGGCUGCUGAGCCUGACGCUGCCUUGGAGCUCACAGAGCGAGCUCCUCUCGGUUCUCGACGCGGCCAGCCUCGAGGGCGAGCUCAAGGGAGCGCCCCCCGAUGGCGCCUUGGAGAGGAGGCAUCAGGAGCUCUGGGAAGCUUUAGAGAUCAAACUAAGAGGAGAUCUGAUCAGCACAGAAUCAGAAGAGAUACUUGCGGCUCAGCAGAAGAAAGAGAGGAUAUUAAAGAAGACAUGUCUUCCCUUCGUGGAGAGAGUAGCAUUGUUCCGAAGAGGAAGUUUGCCAAAACUUUCGGCAGAUUAUGUCGGCCAGACUUCUGAAGUCCACAUUGGAGGGGCAGAAAAGAGUGACUUAUUAGGCACAGGUGAGAAGCUCUUCAUAUUUCGAAAUUCAGAAGAGCCUGCCAUCUCCCUGGGUGCCCCAUUCAAGAGAAAGAAGAACUUUCUCAACUCCAAAAAGGCCUCAUUGGUUACCACGACGUCUGGCAGUAAAGAAGGCAGGAGACUCUAUCCUUCCACUGAAAAGCAGAACAUUGACCUCUAAAGGCCAAAAAAAGUAUACAAACAUUUGUGUUUUUGUAUAGCCUUGUUAUAAGGUACAAAUAUGACACACACAUAUCCAUUGGCCCAGUUUCUGUUUGAAUCUUUGUCUAAUUGGAA